CGCACGAUAGUAAGGUGACAAUUACCCUGCCCCAUCCGUCGGUACCCCAUUCGCCUCAGCAAGCAUGCGAUGCGAAACCUAUCGCUUCUAUACAUUUGGCACUCCUCCUUUGAGCGACAUGAACACCAGACCUUCUUCUUGCCCUUUCUAUUCCUAAUACCUUCUCUCUCCUUGGCUCUCUUCUCAUGCCCCGGCCGGCCCCCUCCUUAACUCCAUGAUAUUCAGGGCCGGGGUUCCUCUUCCUCCCAACAGCUACUCACUGUUGCUGCCGCUAGACUAGCAGCUGAGCCUGAGACAUUGUGCUGUACUUCACAAAGAGCUGCUAGAUAGCCUAGGAAAUUCUGUGCCUUUCUCAAUCCACCUGGUUCUGGUUGCAUGGGUGGCGGUGGAGGCGGAGGCGGUGAAGGUGGUGUCGGUGGUGGCGCUGCGACCGUGCGGGAGCCUCAUGACUUUGGCAACGUUGCGUCCUUCUCCGAGUUGCCAUUCCUGCGCUCCGGCGCUCCUCCGCGAGAAAGCCCCAACUCUGGCAUUCGUCUCUUCGGCAUUGACGUCCCGCAUGCAUCGCCUGAGGGAAGAAUUAAAGAAGCCACCGCUGCCAGCAGCGCGACCCCUUCUGCCACCACGCAGAGCAGCAGUGGAGCUGCCAUCACCGCUGCAAGCGCCGCCCCGGACAGCAACCGCAAGUUCGAGUGCCACUACUGCUGCAGGCAUUUCCCGACGUCACAGGCGCUCGGCGGCCACCAGAACGCGCACAAGCGCGAGCGGCAGCACGCGAAGCGGGUGCAGAUGCAGUCAGCGAUGGCCGCAGCGGCAGCGGCUGCUGGCAGCGCGCACCACCACCACCACCUCCUUGGCUACCCGCAGCACCGCUUCGGUGCGACAUUCUACCCGUCAUGGACCACGGUGAGUGGCGGCAUCUCCUAUGGCCAGCAGUUCUACAGAGGGAUCGGGUCGGUCGGUCAGCCGAUCAACGGGAACCCUCUGCCUGAGGCGCAGUGGAGGAGGCCGCUGGCUGCGCAUGGCAACAUGGGCAUGCCGUUGGCUGGAGAGCGGCGGCCGGUCACGCUGCACAUGUUCGGAGAAGAGCAAAGAGCUUCCCCUUCUCUUGGGGCGGCCUCCCCCUCCUCUUCCUCUUUACUGCUCUCCCCGCAAGGUCAGUCUGCUUGCGAGCAGCCAGCCACCACCGCAGCACCCGAGGGUGUGAGCUUAGAUUUGCAUCUAUAAGUGCCUUCUCCGUUGUUUUUAGUAGAUUAUUAUUACUCCGAGAACUGAUUUCCCAAUCUUUUCCUUUGGUUGAAACUACCCUUUUACUGCAUUCGGAUCGUACCUGGCUGAUAUUACCUUUUUCCACUCGCGGCUCGUGACACGUGAGUAAUAUGUCCAUCCAUGAAAGCUUUGAUCCUGCUAUUUGCAUGCACAUAAAGAACA